AUUAUGGUUUGGAUACACGGACUCGGAUGUGCCGUGGCUUGGCAGCCGCCGGCCUUUCAAGCUUACAGCACUUCCGCCCAUCGCUCUGAUGCUAGACGCUUGGUUUUACAGCACGUACAUUUCUAAACAACCACCAUCAUGCCCGCCCUCAACGCCUCCCUUCAAGUCGCCAACAUUAUCGAAGCUUCUGUUAUACCAUACGUUGAGAAGCUGGCCAAACUGGCUGUAGCCGUCAUAGAGUUGCUCGAGAAAAAGGGAAAGAACAGAGAAGAUGUGAAGGAGCUCUGCGAGAGCAUCAACAAUACAGUCACCGUCAUCGAAACACUUGUCGCUAUGCAUGGCGAGCAAGGUGCUGCGUAUUUCAAGGACAUUUGCUCAGAGAUGGAAGGAUAUCUCUCUGGUGUAGCCCAUGAUCUGCAAGAUGUACAGGGCAAACACCGCGGAAUCAAAGGCAUCCUUAAUGUUAACAAGUUCCAAGACGCUAUCCAAGGUUACAAGAAGCGUGUCGAUGACUUGAAGAUGGACUUCCUGAUCCACACAACGGGCGACGUCAUGUUGACGCUCAUUGAGAUGAGAAGCUUGCUGGCUGUACAGGAAACAGGAUCGAAAGAAGGAUCAGUGAUCAUUCAGAUCACGAGUACACGCAGUCUUUUUUUUUUUUUUUCAUAGAACGCCACUAAUGCUAAUGCUAAUGUAAAGGAUACGGAUCAUUUACGGACCGGUUAGCUAGUAGUGGAUACCACUGGAUAGUAGUAGGUACUGGUAGACGUUGUCGUAUAGUU